CGGCCGCCCGGUUGCCAUGGCGACGCGCGGCGGCCGUGCCCCCGGGCGGCUCACAAGGAGACCCCCCGCGGGGCGAGCACACGCGUGACGGCGGAGCUCGGCGCCCGACGGGCCGGGCGGCGGCGGUUGGGGCUGCUGCCGGCCUAGCCAGCGCUCGCACCCGAUGCUGAGUCAGAAACGGGUAUCCCGAAAUCCCCCUCUGAGGCGCGGCGCUCGGAGGCCAUGGAGGAGCUGGAGCACACCUGCCCGCAGCCUCGCCUGACUUCGAUGGCACCUGCUCCAUUUGCAGAUGAAAUAAGUUGUCAGUGCCAAGCCCCUCAUGAGAAGCUAACCAUUGCACAAGCUCGCCUGGGAACACCAGCUGACAGACCCGUCAGAGUGUAUGCAGAUGGGAUAUUUGACCUCUUCCACUCUGGCCACGCUAGAGCUCUUAUGCAAGCCAAAACUCUAUUCCCAAAUAGCUACUUAUUAGUAGGAGUUUGCAGUGAUGAUUUAACUCAUAAAUUGAAAGGCUUCACUGUGAUGAAUGAAACUGAGCGAUAUGAAGCCCUCAGACACUGUCGUUAUGUGGAUGAGGUCAUCAGGGAUGCACCCUGGACACUGACACCCGAGUUCCUUGAAAAACAUAAGAUCGACUUUGUAGCCCACGAUGACAUCCCGUACUCCUCCGCUGGCUCGGAUGAUGUAUACAAACACAUAAAGGAGGCAGGAAUGUUUGUACCAACACAAAGGACUGAAGGUAUCUCCACAUCAGAUAUCAUCACAAGGAUUGUCCGGGACUAUGAUGUGUAUGCCCGGCGUAACCUCCAACGGGGAUACACCGCCAAAGAACUGAAUGUUAGUUUUAUAAAUGAGAAGAAAUAUCGCUUGCAAAACCAAGUGGACAAAGUGAAAGAAAAAGUCAAGAAUGUAGAGGAAAAAUCAAAAGAAUUUGUUUACAAAGUAGAAGAGAAGAGCCAUGACCUCAUCCAGAAAUGGGAAGAAAAGUCCAGAGAAUUUAUUGGCAACUUUUUAGAGCUGUUUGGACCCGACGGAGCCUGGAAGCAGAUGUUCCAGGAACGACGUGACCGAAUGCUCCAGGCUUUUUCUCCCCGGCGGAGCCCAAACAGCAGUCCUACAUGAAGCCGCUCUCCAUCCCGUUCUCCAUCUCCACCCUGGGUCUUCAAUAAAGCCUCCCCUCCCUCUUCUCCAAAAGCUGCCUCUGCCUCCCUCAGCAGCAUGAGCGAGGGAGACGAGGAUGAAAAGUAAAAUAAAGACACAUUUUGUUUUAACUAUGAGACAGAGGAACAAGUUGUGAACUCAACCACUGGAUGGGGAGAAGCAUGAGGAACAUCAGGGAUAUCUCUGACAGCAGGGAAUGUGCUCUGGGAGAUGUCGAAAACGGACUGGAGCACAGCAAGGGAGAUCUCAGGAAGAGCUUAUCUCAUCCCACUCCCUCAGGGUGCCUGGAGGCCCGGCCAGCAGUGCUUGCCAGACACGGGACCAGGGGCUGGCAGAAACACACACCUUUUCCAUGUCUUGCUGCUUACAGCUGCUGCGGCCAGGCCAGGUGUGGAAGGGAACUCUGCACCGAGUGGGGCUGGCAGGAGGAGCCUUGUUGGCUCCCAAUCUGGGACCAAGCACAUGGGCAAGCAACAGCUGUGGCCUGCAGAUGGAGGAGAUGCUGUUGUACAAGACUCUGCUAACUUUGAGCUCUUCUGCCAUAUGAAGGAAGGCUGCAGCAAAUGCAUUGAGAAACAGGAAAUACUGUAUUUUUUUUUCUUUUUGAAUGAAAUCUGCCCCAGAACCCAAGCCCGUGCCAGUGAAAUGGAGAGCUCUCCAGCUGAGUUGGUGGAAAUCCAUUUAAUAUUUUCAAGCUACUGAAUGCUGCUUGUUGACCAAGCGUCUGUACGGGGCGUAUGUAAAGAGUCAGGCUGUUACUUGCUUUAUCAAAUUGCUCACCAUGUUCCUAGUGCCUGAACCUGGUAACUUCUGGUUUGCUCCCUGGCUUUGCACUUCGGAGGCAAAAAAGUAAAUGAAAAAAAUAGCCCUAGCUGGAAUGUGGUGUCGUAGGAAAUAAGAUAGUUUGAAGACACUGGUGAUUUUUCUGGGGAAUUCUAAAAAACACAUGUGGUAUCCUAUGGCCUUGGGAUGUGGCCUCCUAGGAAAUCUGCAGCUCCCAGCUACCUAUUGCCAAACAAUGGGCACAACAGUGCUGCUGCCAUCGCAUGCUACUCAGCUGGUUAAACAGAUUUCUCGAACUCUAAAAUGUGUUCACAGAUACCCUGUCCCUGCAGAGUCCCGAGGCCAGUCCUCUACCUUAACGUGGAGAAAAAGUUGGCCAAAACAAUGGAAACCUCUUAAACAGGCACGGAUUUUCUUUCUCUGUCCGUUGACACCCAUACAGCCCCAAGCAAAGCCACAGAAAAGUAGCACGAAUGAAGCUUUCCCUCCCCCUCAAUGCGCUAGCUGCUCUCCUUCCCGUUCAGCAAAGCCAGACCCGCCUGACAUGCAUUCAGCUGGCACCUGGCAAGGUGGCUGCAGACUUGCAGGGUUUCUGGGCAUGGGGGACCCCCAGCCCCGAAGGCUGCUGUGCCCCACAGCUCAGAAAGCCACGCACAUCACCGUGGUAGGGCUGCAAAGCAACGAUGCCAUUUUGUUCCCAGGCUUGCUUGCCGAAGCCUGACUCGGUGCACAGGCACAUUCAAGGCUCUCCAGCCCAGCGCCAGCUUCAGUGCCAGGCCAGCGAGGUAGAGGUUGCCACCACCUUGCCUGUCCCACCAGCAGCCUGCUGGGCACAGACCUCGGGCAGCCUGGGCAGGGCGUCGCAGCAGCGAAAUGGCUGCUGUGCCCCAAAUGCCUGGGGUUGCAAACCCAUCGGGACACGCAGGCUGCUGCGGGCAGCUCUGAGCGGCUCUGGGGGAAGAACUGAAGGGAACAAAGAUGUCCGAGUGCCUGAGCACAGGGGGCGGUAGGACCUGCUGCAGCCAUCCCCCUCAAGGCUACUGUCCUUACCUUGCUGAGUGACCUAGUAGGUAAACUCCUUUCACUCCUUCCCUUGCAGGUAACUUUUCCAGACAGGUAAAUUACAGACCCUUGUACUAGGCACCAAAUUUGCCCCAUUCCUUACAUUUCUUACAGUUUUCAUCCAUCCCUCCCCCACUGCAGGGUAACCGGUUUUCUUUUGGGAGCAUUUUGCCAGACACUUCUCAGACUACCACAAGACCAAGUACAUAGUAUCGUGUGGCACGCUUUGUCCCCUGGAGUCAAACCAGUUCCUCCUUCACAGAGCUGCAAAAAGAAACGAGUAGGGAAUAGGGUGGAAAGCGCAAAGGGAGAGCUACAGCUAGUACCAGCUGUGCGCCACAUGGGAUGAUGCAAUUAAGACCUUGUUGAGCCUUAGGCAACCUGUUACUGUAAUUUCAUACCUGGGAUGCACUCGUUAGUUUUUCUGCUCCUUUGCAAGUCUCAAGUCUUCCUGUCACCAUCACUCCACCACAGGAACUGUCUGCUCUCUACUGGUGCUGUUCCUACGACGAGCCAUGUCCAAAUGCAGUGGAGGUGGGCAGGUUUGUUGUUCUUGGCUUUUACCAUUUGUUUGUUUUAAUUUCAUAGCACUUACUGUUCAGCAGCCUUUAUUCAGUGGUUUGAGUGGAAGACAGCACCACGACUUGUGCAUAGGAACUGGAGAAAAACUCACCAGUGACCUAUUCUGAACAGAAGCUGUUUCUCAGUCACAGGUGGCUAACCAGCAACAAAGCCAUAUACUGUACCGGGUGUCCGUCUGCGUUUAGGAUAUCAAUAAGCUGAAGCCUUUGCCCUGCUGGUACAGACACCAAUAUCCAUGUGCUGUCUCCAGCAAACCAGAACCUCAUUGUCUCUGGACACGUGGAGGCCAAUUUUGCACUUGAGUCAUGGUUGGGUUUUAUUUUUCAUGAGUGUUGCUUUAGUUCAGUCCUAUUUAUCAGCCAAGCUCCACAUGAAAAAUAAACAAUGUACAACAGAUA